AUGGCUGCCGGAGAUCGGAAACUUAGAGCCGUCUUCCUCCCAUACUUCACCUCCAGCCAUAUAAUUCCCCUUGUAGACACCGCCAGGCUCUUUGCUGCAUGGGGCAUCAGCCUCCAUGGCUGCCGGAGAUCGGAACUUAGAGCCGUCUUCCUCCCAUUCUUCACCUCCAGCCAUAUAAUUCCCCUUGUAGACACCGCCAGGCUCUUUGCUGCACGGGGCAUCAGCGUCACCAUCAUCACCACCCCAUCGAAUGCCGCUCUGUUUCAAGCCUCCGUCGAUCGGGACAUCGCCAUUGGCCGUGAAAUUACCGUUCAGACUAUCAGAUUUCCCUCGGCCGAAGUGGGUUUGCCCGAAGGCAUCGAGAACUUUGGUGCAGUCGAUUCAAUUGAAAUGGCUGGAAAAGUCAACCAAGGCAUCUUCCUCCUUCAGAAACCGAUGGAGGAGUUGGUUCGCAACGGUUGCCCGGACUGCAUCGUCUCCGACAUGUUCUACCCCUGGACUGUCGAUAUCGCCAAGGAAUUGAAAAUUCCAAGGUUUAUUUUGUAUGCGACCAACUGUUUCUACCACUGUGCGUUUCAUAGCUUGCGGCUUCACGCACCUCACGAGAAGGUAAACUCCGAUGCGGAGAGCUUGGUGAUUCCGGGACUCCCCGACCCAAUUGAGAUAACGAGGGCUCAACUAGAAGAUUAUCACAAGACCCAGACUGAGUUUGGGAAGCUGAUGGAUCUAGUGAAAGAAACAGAGGUACAAAGCUACGGCACAAUCUUUACCAGCUAUUCCGAACUCGAACCCCUUUACGUCCAUCACUACAAGAAUGUCCUUGGACGAAAGUGUUGGCACGUGGGUCUCCCCUCUCACGCGAUCGAAAGAAACAGGGGAUUGGAAGAAAAAAACUCAAAAAGGGACUACCUGCUGAGUUGGCUCGGCACCCAGAAAGCCAACUCGGUCCUUUAUAUUUGCUUUGGCAGCCUUGUACUCUUUCACGACGCGCAGUUGCGUGAGAUUGCGAAAGCGCUCGAAGAAUCAGAUCAGCCUUUUAUUUGGGUGGUGAGAACAAGGGAUCAAACGGAAGAAGAAAGUUGGUUGCCGGAGGGGUUUGAACAGAGAGCCAAGGAGAGUAACGGGGGACUAGUGCUAAGAGGAUGGGUUCCCCAGGUAUUGAUCUUGAACCACUCGGCCAUCGGCGGGUUCAUGACUCAUUGCGGUUGGAACUCGGUCCUGGAAAGCGUCACCGCCGGCGUACCGCUGAUCACGAUGCCCCUUUUCGCCGAACAAUUCUACAAUGAGAAGCUUAUUACUCAGGUUUUGAAGAUUGGAGUUGAAGCGGGGUCGGAAGUUUACAAUCCCAUGUUUGAGAUAAUGAAUAUUGUGGCGGGUAAAGAUAAGCUGGUGAGGGCUAUAACCGGGUUGAUGGGUGGGUCGGAGGAGGCCCAGGAGAUCAGACGGCGAGCGAAGGAGAUGAGUGUGAAAGUCAAGAAGUCCGGGAGAACGGAGGGUCCUGUUACUCUGAUUUGGACGCUCUAA